AUGAAAAUAAUUGACAAAAUAAAUAGUCAUGAACCCUCUAAAGCUUUUUACUCUUUUGAAUACUUUCCUCCUAAAACAGACGAAGGUUUAACCAACCUUUAUGAUAGACUUAAACGUAUGUCUUUCUUGAACCCUCUCUUUGCGUCGUUCACGUGGGGCGCGGGUGGGAGUACUAUAGACAGAACAACAGACAUGUGUGCAACAGCUCAGACCCUUUAUGGGUUUGAAAGUUGUAUGCACUUAACUUGUACAAACGUUGUGAGAACAACAAUAGAAAAGGCUUUGGAGGAAGCCAAAAGUGCGGGUAUUCAGAAUAUUUUAGCCUUGCGUGGUGAUCCACCAAGAGGUCAAGAAUAUUGGACGUCAUGUGAUGACGAGUUUACACAUGCGAUUGAUUUAGUGAGAUUUAUUAGAAAAGAGUACGGAGAUUAUUUUUGUAUUGGAGUUGCAGGUUAUCCUGAAGGAUAUCCGGAUUCUGACGAUAAGAAUCAAGAUUUGAAGUAUUUAAAAGAAAAAGUAGACGCUGGUGCAGAAUUUGUUAUUACACAAUUAUUUUAUAAUGUAGAUACAUUUGUGGAAUGGGAAAAAGAAUGUCGAAAAAUUGGCAUCAAGGUACCUAUUAUCCCAGGUAUUAUGCCAAUUCAGGGUUAUCAUAGUUUUCGAAGAAUAACGAACCUUUGUAAGAUAAAUAUACCUUCGGAGAUAUUAGAUGCUCUAGAACCAAUCAAACACGAUGAUCAAGCAGUUAAAGACUAUGGUGUUUCACUCGCAGUUUCUAUUAUAUCUAAAUUAUUCAAUGAACACAAUGUAAGAGGUUUUCAUCUAUGUACUAUGAAUUUGGAGAAAUCUGUACGGUUGGUUUUGGAGAAAUUAAAAUUUGUACCAACAGAAGAGGAAAGAAAUUUACGACGUCGUAGUAGACGGCGUUCAAGCGUUGGUUUUGUGUCCAAUGAUAUCAUCAGACAGGAGCCUGAUGGAUCACUUCCAACUGUAAAGCCAGUAAUAUGGAAGGAACAAAGCGAAGAUUAUUUGGGUAGAUCGGAAGAUUGGGAUAAUUUUCCAAAUGGACGUUGGGGAGAUGCAAGGUCUCCUGCUUUCGGGGAAUUGGAUGGAUAUGGUGUGUCUCUAAGAAUACCGCCUGAACAAGCUUUAGAGUAUUGGCAAAGACCAACAACAUUAGAUGAGUUGAAACAAGUUUUUAAGUCCUACAUCCUUGGUGAUAUUCCCGCAUUACCAUGGUAUGGGGAACCACUUUUUGCAGAAACCGAAGCAAUUCGGUCAAAACUUGUUCGUCUUAAUGAACUCGGGUACUUAACAGUUAGUUCACAACCAGCUGUUAAUGGGGCAAAAAGCGAAGACCCUAUUUACGGCUGGGGUCCAAAAAGCGGCUAUGUGUAUCAAAAAGCAUUUGUUGAAUUUUUUGUUAGUCUAGAAAAUUUGGAGAAAUUAAUUAAAAAGAUAACAGGUAAUCCUUGGAUUACUUAUUAUGCUUUAAAUAGAAAUGGGGAUUUUAAAACUAAUAUAAAAGAGGAAGCGCCAUCCGCUGUUACUUGGGGGGUUUUUCCCGGUAAAGAAAUCGUGCAACCAACGAUUAUCGAGCAAGUUUCAUUUAAAGCUUGGAAAGACGAAGCGUAUGCUUUAUGGACAGAAUGGGAACAUUUAUAUCCAAAGAAUUCACCUACACAAAAGUUAUUAAAUGAUAUUGGAAAUAAUUGGUGGUUAAUUAAUCUUGUUCAUCACAAUUAUGUUGAUCCUGAAGGAAUUUGGGAUAUAUUUUUUAAUGAUGAU